UGAAAGCAGGAAAAUAGAGAGAUAAGCAACUUCGAUUUUUGCCGUUUUCCUGCAGUCGCCAUUUGAUACGCAUUCCGUUCGGACUGACACAUAACAACCAAUUCAAAUAAAAGACCAAUUAUUGGUUUCCCCGUAUCGUCGACAUGAAGCAGAUAAAAUGCCUGAUAAGCUUUCUGGAAUCAAGCGCUAAUGUUUUCCUGCUCUUGUGGAUGACUCUAUGUGUGGUGAUCUAUGCCUACCUGCCGAAUAUGCCUCGAGUUGUGCCCCAACCGGAGAUCGCAGUGGAUCCGAGCAUGCCGUACAGUGAAGAUCCGCAACAGUUGAUCGAUUUGCAUAAUUUUGAGUACAUCAUUGAGCAGCCCUCGUGUGCGCCCCAUACCCAGGCGCUUAUCAUGGUGCACUCGGCGCCAGGCAACGCUGAGAGGCGCUCAGUGAUACGUCAAACCUGGGGUCAUGUGGCGACCAAUUCAACCUCUCAAUCUCCACUUCGUCUCGUCUUUCUCUUCGGCACUGUUGCGGAUGACGAGCUGCAGUCGUCGUUGCUGGCGGAACACGAGCAGCACAAAGACUUGCUGCAGGGCAAUUUCUUGGAUGGCUACUACAAUCUAACCUACAAGCAUGUGAUGGCUCUCAAGUGGUUUCACACUCACUGCGAGCAGGCGCGCCUGUUGGUCAAAGUCGAUGAUGACAUCUACCUCAAUACGCCGCAGCUGCAGCAUCACUUGAGCCAUCCAUCCCCACCUUGGAAUCCACUCUCCGCUCUUCAUUCUCAGCGGCAGCUGCUGCUGUGCGCCAUCAACAAGAGGGAUCGUGUAGCACGUUCAUAUUCCUCCAAGUGGCGUGUCGGUUUCCAAGAAUACCCUCAUCGUUACUAUCCGCCCUUCUGCCCAGGCUUUGCAGUCUUCUACUCCUCGCAGGUGGUCAGGCGACUCUACUUUGCUGCUCAAGCCAGCAACUUUUUUCGACUGGAUGAUGUCUUGGUCACUGGCAUUCUCUCUAAGCGCUGUAAUAUUACCCUAACAGAUCUGAAAUCUUAUGUGCUAUAUCCGAAUAAACUGAAGCUACUGCUUAAGGGACGCCUAGAACCGGAACAGUAUCUAGUUUCCUGGCACAAAAUGUCACCGCAGCAGAUUAUUGGACUGUGGCAGCUGCAUGGGAUGGUUAGUACAACAAAUACAUUAAAAUAAA